AUCACAGGACCGGAUAUCUGUGGACCUGGUACCAAAAAAGUACAUGUCAUUUUCACCUAUAAGGGGAAAAACUUGCUGACGAAGAAAGAUAUUAGAUGCAAGGAUGAUGAAUUCACCCAUCUUUACACACUGAUUGUGAAGUCUGAUAACACCUACGAGGUUCGCAUUGAUGGAGAAAAGGUUGAAAGUGGGGAGCUUGAAGCUGACUGGGAUUUUCUGCCACCAAAGAAGAUCAAGGAUCCUGAGGCCAAGAAACCAGAGGAUUGGGAUGAUAAAAAGAAAAUUGAUGAUCCAGAGGAUAAAAAACCGGAGGAUUGGGAUAAGCCUCAGCACAUUCCUGACCCUGAUGCCAAGAAGCCCGAUGACUGGGAUGAUGAGAUUGAUGGUGAAUGGGAACCUCCAAUGAUUGACAACCCAGACUACAAGGGAGAAUGGAAACCCAAACAGAUUGACAAUCCUAACUACAAGGGAGAAUGGGUCCACCCAGAAAUUGACAAUCCUGAAUACCAACCUGAUGACCAACUUUAUAAGUAUGAUGACAUUGGUGCCAUCGGUUUUGAUCUGUGGCAGGUGAAAUCUGGAACCAUUUUUGAUAAUAUCCUUGUAACAGAUUCUGUGGAAUAUGCAGAACAAUUUGCAAAGGAAACGUUUGAGAAAACCAAGGAAGGUGAAAAGAAAAUGAAGGAUGAGCAGGAUGAAAAGGAACGCAAAGAGAGAGAGGAAGAAGAAAAGAAGAGGAAAGAAGAGGAGGACAAGAAGAAGGCAGAGGAAGAAGAUGAGGAAGAAGAGGAAGAGGAAGAGGAAGAAGAAGGCAAAGAAUCUGAGGAGGAAGCAAAAGAAGAAGAUGCAGCUGAGGAGGGUAAAGAAGGAGCAGAAAGUGAAGAAAGUGCAACAGAGGAUGAAGAGGAGGAAACAAAAACCAAGGACGAACUUUAAUUGAAUCUGAUGCAUCUAGGCAUUUUUAUUGACUUAAAAGAACUCUAUGAAGCACACUUAACUAAAUGGUGUGUGACUUGGUUUUAGGUGGUGUAUCAAAUUGCUUCGUGUGUUGAAGUUAGCAGAAAAAAUAGGCCUCUUCCAUUGUCUAUACUUUUAUAAUUUCUUUUUAAAGGAAAACAUGGAAAUACUGAAAUGCAACUUGGUAAUCUUCUUUUGCUCUUUGUAUGCAUCCAUCAAUUAUUAUCUUUUUCAAGCAUGGAAAGGCCCAUCCCCUGUGGUUACUCUUGCUUUAGUUACCAAACUAAUUUAAUUUCAUGUUUAAUAAUAAAAAAAAAGAUAAGAAACAA